CAGGUAUACACACUGGAACCUGUCCCCACUGCAGUUGCUGACAUCCUGCUCUGAUGUCACCAGGCGAGGGAGGUGUCUGGAUCCAUUGCUAUGUGCAUUGCCAUCAGCUUGUUCUGUGGAAUUCUGCCAUCUUCUGGGCGACACAUUUUUGGUACAAGGUCCCGCGGGCCCUGCGUUUUCUUUCACUCACGUGUGCUCUGACGUGGACGGAAUGGGGAACAGCUUCAAGAGGCCCAGGUACAAUGAAGAGCAGGCGGGAGACAUGCUACACAGCCGUUCCAACCAGGUGCUGACAGAGCAGCCUCAAGCUCAGCCUCCGGCCAGGGCCAGGAACCGGUCUCGAUGCGCCAUCGGAUUCAUGGCAGUUGUGAGCAUCAUUAUUGCCCUAGUUGUAGCUUUGGCAGUGGUAGCCUCCAAACAUCAUUCCUGUCCACUGGACCUUCCCACUGCCGCAUGCCCAGAUGACUGGAUUGGCUACCAGGGGAAAUGCUAUCUCUUCUCAAAGGCGGACGGGACCUGGAACGAAAGCCAGAGCAACUGCUCUUCACUCAAUGCCUCCCUGGCUGUGAUUGACACCCAGAAAGACCUGGAUUUCCUGCAGCAAUAUAAAGGCUCCCCUGCACACUGGAUCGGCCUCAGAAGGGACACGUCCCAGCCCUGGAGAUGGGCGGAUGGUACAGAAUUCAACAACCGCCUGUUCACAGUGAACGGAGAUGGACUAUAUGUAUAUCUCAACGACCGCCCCAGCAGCUCAGAGGGCCGCACCCCCAUGAGAUGGAUCUGCAGCCAGCCGGACGAACUGGCAAAGAGGAAACAAAAUGGGGCCCUGCAAGCUUUACUGGAGUGAAGCAAAUCCCCUCUCUUCAGCUGCCGCUGCUGCUUCCUAUAGAACAGAUAUUGACUAGCUGCUUUAAAUGCCAUGCUCUGGAGCGAGGAGAGCAACUCCAGAAGCAGGGCUCUAUCCCAGGAGUGGGGGGCGAGGUUCUGUGGCCUGCAAUGAGCAGGAGGUCAGACUGGAUGGUCAUAAUGGGCCCUUCUGGCCUAAAAGUCUAUGAGUUUAAUUAAACCCUUGCUCAGAGCCCACUGCCAAGUUCAGGGCCCACUGGGAGCUGCACGUACACCACAAAGAGACAGUCCCUGCCUCAAACUGCUUCCAAGCUGGCUAAGGCCUGCUCCACGCAGAUUUCGUACAGGUCUAAUUAGGCUCACAAACGUUGGAUUUUUAUCAGUAAAUGUCGGUAAAAGUCGAUCCCACUGUAUAUACACACACACACACACGGAUAGGAAAAAAUAUUUCCAUCGAGCUUUGCGGCUAGGCUAAGUAAGACAAAUGCGGCUUGAGAACGUAUGCAGGCUGUUUAUUUUGUCAGCAUCCCAUACGUAAAAUUUACAAUUUGUGUUUAACAGUCAGAGAAAGCUUUAAUUGCUUGAGUCUUAACGUCUAUUGUCAUUAAUGAUGGUCAGGCCCCCUCAUUGGCUGAGCCCUCCCCCGCCCCCCAAGAGCCCUCCCCCGCCCCCCAACUUCCCAGAAAUAUGAACAUUUAAAUGGACACAAAUAGAAAAAAUGCUUAAAACUAAACUGAUGUUAUGCAUGGAAAUUACAACCAUUGAAUGCUGCUAGAGCUCCUGGGUUAAGGAGUAAGACUGUUUUUAAUCUAUAUGGUUAUACAGCUACUGCGGCCGUCGUGCCCUUCACAGCUUGUGUAGGUUGGGCACCAGCGACUCCUUGCAUUCUUCCAGUCCCCACAAACAGAGGCAAAUUAGGGAUUAGUGUGGCUGUGGGGCACCUGCAGUCCCCCUCACUCCCCCCAGCGCUCCUGCCAGGGAGCAGGGCCAGGGCGGGCACUUCCGCUGGGUACAUCCACACCGCAGCAGGGAGCGAGCCUCACAGCCUGGGGGCACAGACUUGCGCUAGCAGAGCUUGCGCUGGCGUGAUAAAAAUAGCCGCAUUGAUGGCGCAGCUCCAGCCUUCGAGAGCCCAAGCUCCGGCCCGAGCCGCAACAUCUACACAGCUCCUUUUAGCACGAGUCUGUGGACCCUCUCUGGGGCGCUUGCUCCCAGACGUGGUGUAGACGCACCCAGUACGUCCCCUGUCCUUUGCUCAUCCUAAGGCAUGCAAGCUCGGGACUCCCACCUAACCAUUUUGCCCCUAUAGAUUUCAAAGCACUUCACAGAGUUCAGUAUCAUUACCCCAUUUUAUAGGUGGGGAAACUGAGACACGGAGGCUCCAGGUCACAUGUGGCCAAGUCAGGAAUAGAAUAUACCUUUCCUGCUUUCCUCUCUACCCACUGGGCUAACAUUGAUUUCCCCCCCCCCUUCCCCCCCUUGUGCUCUGCUCCCAGCAGCACUAGGGAACAAAGGGACUAGAUGAAGGACUCAAAUUCCCAUAUUUUGCAACUGUUGCUCCGCAUCAGCUUAGAGAAAGAGGGCAGCGUCUCUAUAUAAAGCCCUUCGAAUUCAUCCUCAUGGGGCAGGAGCGCUCUCCUGGGCACAGACGUUCUCAUUUGCCUCACACCACGACAGCGUCUUUCUGGCAAAUCCACUUGAAUUCGGCGCGGCAGGUUUCCGAGUUGAUCCAGUUCCCCUUUAACACCCCACAGUUGUUGGAGGCAACAGGGCCUGAGACCCGGAACCUGCAGAGCGAAGGAGAAAGGUGGUGAUAGAUGGAUUAGAGAGACCUUCCUCUCGCAGUGAUGGGAUGCUGGGAUGGGGGCCUUGAUGACAGUGUAACCCAGGGCUGAGUGCCUCUACUAAUCUCAUGGGAUGGCUCCUUAUCUCAAGUGGUAGCAGCUCUUGCUUUUAGCUCCGGAGGUCCCCAGUUCAGUCCCCGGGCUGUCAGCCAUCACAGCAAAACCUCCCAGGACAUGAACUGAGCUAGGGUGUCUCGGCAUCCGUCUUCCCCCAUUCUGAUAACCACUCCCCAUUAUUCAGGCCCCACAAGUCUCCGGGGAGAUUCUGGCCCCCCUUGAAGUCACUGGGAGCUUUGCCAGGAUCAUUCCACCUCUGCUCUCUUCUUGUGGCCGAUUCCUCUCUCGCUCACUGCCGAUUUAACACCACCAACGCCCAGAUCCACAAAGGUAUUUCGGCUCCUAACUCCCAUUGAAUUCAAUGAAAGUUUGAGCUCCUUUCGUUGAUCAUUAUAAAGCUUCUCUAGCCAAUAGUGUUAGUUUAUUGCUCAUUUCUUGUAUGGUUAUAAUCAACUAGCAGGUUACGUCGUAUAUAAUCAUUGUAUGCUCAAUAGAGUUAAGUGGUAGGAUAAUAGAAGUAUAAGAAUGAUUAGUAGCCGGAAGAGUUAAUUAUGUAUUCGGUAUCUAAGUAACGAGGUCUGAAACACAAGGCUGCAGGCUGAGGCCUGCAAGAUUUUAGCUUAGCUGUUGGAGCUAAGAAAUACUGACAUAAAAAAAUGACCGAAGAAUAACCCGAUGCCCUAAGAUUACGGGAAAAGAGGUACCAAGUGGUGAUAUUGUGAAAAUCUAGCCAGAAGAUUAAUUUUAAAUCAUAAAAAUGCUGUAAAGGCACAUCUGUUUCCAACAUGUGCCUUCAUCACAGGACACGGGUUGUGUAUUAAUGCUAAUGAGAAUAAAGAGAACCUACACGACCUAUAGAAAUCGGGGUACUGUACGUUUCUAGGGGACAUCAGACCAAUAAGGAAAAAGAGGGUUGACACUACAUGCAUGGACAUGUGCAGAAUGUAGGUAUAGACCGAAUCACAUUGUAAAGAGGAUGCCCAGAGCGGGGAAAUUGAGCUCCCUACGGGAAAGUCCAGCAGGAACCAUCCCUCUAUUGAUGGGCAAUCCAUGCGAGACCCAUCAGACCCUAACACUACCGUUAAGGUUGUGAGUAUAUUUGUAACUUGUGCAUAUGUCUGUGUGGGAUUUCUAUAUGCAGGGGUAUUCAUAACCUUAAUAAAACUUGUAAAACA